GAUCUGAGUGAGUUAAACUCCACCACAGUGAAGAGUCCCACGAACACCGUGGCAGUGCAGAACCUGAAGGCAGGCACCAUCUACGUGUUCCAGGUGCGCGCGCGGACGGUGGCCGGGUACGGCCGCUACAGCGGCAAGAUGUACUUCCAGACCAUGACUGAAGCUGAGUACCAGACCAGUGUCCAGGAGAAGCUGCCACUCAUCAUUGGCUCCUCAGCAGCAGGACUGGUGUUCCUCAUCGCUGUGGUUGUCAUCAUUAUUGUGUGCAACAGAAGAAGGGGCUUUGAGCGUGCAGACUCGGAGUACACCGACAAGCUGCAGCACUAUACCAGUGGCCACAUGACUCCAGGGAUGAAGAUCUAUAUUGAUCCCUUCACCUAUGAAGAUCCCAAUGAAGCUGUCAGGGAAUUUGCAAAGGAAAUUGAUAUCUCUUGUGUCAAAAUCGAGCAGGUGAUUGGGGCAGGGGAGUUUGGUGAGGUGUGCAGUGGGCAUCUCAAGCUUCCUGGCAAAAGAGAGAUCUUUGUGGCCAUCAAGACCCUCAAGUCUGGUUACACAGAGAAGCAGAGAAGGGACUUCCUGAGCGAAGCCAGCAUCAUGGGGCAGUUCGACCACCCCAACGUCAUCCACCUGGAGGGGGUGGUCACCAAGAGUUCUCCAGUCAUGAUCAUCACUGAGUUCAUGGAGAAUGGCUCACUGGACUCCUUCCUGCGGCAAAACGAUGGGCAGUUCACGGUGAUCCAGCUGGUGGGAAUGCUGAGAGGCAUUGCUGCUGGCAUGAAGUACCUGGCAGACAUGAACUACGUGCACAGGGACCUGGCAGCACGCAACAUCCUGGUCAACAGCAACCUGGUCUGCAAGGUGUCCGACUUCGGCCUCUCCCGCUUCCUGGAGGAUGACACCUCUGAUCCCACCUACACCAGUGCACUGGGUGGGAAGAUCCCGAUCCGGUGGACAGCACCUGAGGCCAUUCAGUACCGAAAAUUCACCUCAGCCAGCGACGUGUGGAGCUAUGGAAUAGUCAUGUGGGAGGUGAUGUCAUAUGGAGAGAGGCCCUACUGGGACAUGACCAACCAAGAUGUGAUCAAUGCCAUCGAACAGGACUAUCGGCUGCCUCCACCCAUGGAUUGCCCCAAUGCUCUGCACCAGCUGAUGCUUGACUGUUGGCAGAAGGAUCGAAACCACAGGCCCAAGUUUGGGCAGAUUGUCAACACCUUAGAUAAAAUGAUCCGAAAUCCAAACAGCCUGAAAGCCAUGGCACCUCUCUCCUCUGGGAUGAACCUUCCCCUCCUGGACCGCACAAUCCCAGAUUACACCAGCUUCAACACUGUGGAUGAGUGGCUGGAUGCCAUCAAGAUGAGCCAGUACAAGGAGAGCUUUGCCAGUGCUGGUUUCACCACCUUUGAUGUAGUAUCUCAGAUGACUGUAGAGGACAUUCUGCGAGUUGGGGUCACUUUAGCAGGACACCAGAAGAAGAUCCUGAACAGCAUCCAGGUGAUGAGAGCACAGAUGAACCAAAUCCAGUCUGUGGAGGUUUGAUAGCUGCAUCUCCUCCUCCUCUUCCUCAAGGCCCUGCUCCCCUUCACCCCUGUGUGUCCCAGCUCCAGUCCCUGAGUGCUCUGCAUGGACCAGGCACAGGCAGCUGCUCUGAGGCUCUUGGCAGCAGGAGGGAACAGCCUGUCCUCAGCAAGGAGAAGUUGCCAAGAGCUUCUGGAAUUUAAGCAAUGGAAAAAGGGAA